GCCUAGCAGUGGAGCACCACCGGUGAUCGAAAUAGAGGACCUUGAUGAUUGGCUGCCGCUGGUGCUAGAUCACCGGCGCCGCCCCCCCAACGACAAGAAUCCCAGUUCUCUGUGUGUGCUGGAGGGCCUGGGCGACAGUGCUCCUGCCUCCUGUGGUCCUGGUGUGGAGACGGUCCGGAGAAUCUAUGCAGAUCCAGUAGCUCUGAAGGAGCACAAAUCUGGAUUAAGACGCUUAAAGCGAGGCAGUUCUCGGUGGAGGCCUCCCAGCAAUCCGGUUGGUCAUACCGUGCCUGGAAGUGCGAGGUAUGAGGAAGUCUUCCCUGAAUUCAAGAAGCAUUUGCCUGCAAUUACACACUCUGCAUCCAUGCCAGCAACAAGCAGUGGAGUCUUCUUCCAGACAGAAGUGAAGAUGGAGGACUCUGCGCCUGUUGUGUUGAAGACCUCCUCGGUUCCGAAUCUUCCCAGGCUAGGCCUGGUCGAAGAGCUGCCAGAGAUGUCAACCACAGUGGAGCUCUCUGAGGCCAAGCCAGAGGGGCUGGAGGAUGCACCUGACCAGUCCAAAGCUGGAAAGAACAAGCAGGCUCAGCGUCUUAUGAAGGCCUUUGAGAAGGCGGUGUCAGGGACGUCUGUGCUCAUUUUCACGGACAAGGCCGAUGUUCGCAAGGGGAUUAUGCGAUCCCUCAUGUGUGCCGCCAAUGAGAUGUCCAUAUGCUUUGCGCGCUCGUCCAACGACUUCUGGAAGAGGCUCCAGGACGGCAAAGAAAGCUACCAUGUGCUCAUCGUUGACCUGGGCAAGUCAGAGCUGGAAGCCGAGGGACUUGUGAAGACGGUACGGGCCGAUGCGCGUUAUGGCGGAGUCCCAAUCAUCGUGCUUUCCCAUCAGCGCGAGUUGCCCGACCUGGUCAGGAAGAGCUGCAGCUUUGUUGUUUUUCACCCUUUAUCAUCAUCCAUGCUCAGAGAAGCUCUCCUGUGGUGCUUUAACCGGAGCGCUCUGCGCAGUCAGAGCUACUACUUUCCUGCGAGCCAAUCCGAGAAUCACGCAAAGCUAACAAGAGCUGCUUCAUCCUCUCUCAGUUUGACUGUGAGAGCCAGGAGACUCAAGAUGUGA